AUGAUGGUCAACCUGCCGCAAGAGCUUCUUGAAACGAUUAUAUACGAGCUGGACUAUGCUGCACUUAAAUGUUGCUCUCUAGCUGCCUCACGGCUUCGCCAGCCCUGCCAACGUCUCCUGUUGCAUAAACUCCAUUUAUUCUAUGACAACAUCCCCGCUAUAUCACUCCUCCUUCGGGAGUCUCCCCACAUUUCACACUACGUUCAUAGUCUUCAUGUCAGCCUCUCCAGAAUGCUUUACAAAAGCACGGACACACUCCACAUUCUGCAACUUGCGCUUAGUCAAUUGGAUGGUAUCGACCAGUGUACAAUUGAUGGUUGGCACCCGACUUGGCUCACAAAAGAGAUGGGCUCUGGAGCACUAGAUCCUCUUUGGGCCUUUGUCAAAACUCACUCGUCGAAAGAACUUCAUCUUCGUGCUCUUGCACCCGUACCGAUGCAAUUAUUUUCCGACUUUCUUGGAGCCACCCAAUCCAUCCAUUUGGACGGCGUCUCCAUCACUCGCCUAGAGCAACAAGACAUCCCGCCUGAACCUAUUAGAAAGCCCGUAAUCCGCCGCAUAUAUCUGGGAAGAGGGUGCUUACCCGUAUUUGAGACGCUUGCUCUCACCCCCCUAUCGAUUCAUCUCUCCUUCGUACAGCAUCUCACGCUCUUUGUUUCUGGUGCUAACUAUUCCAACUGUAUGGAAAUCAUCAUGCGUUGCAAGGGGACAUUGCAAUUCCUUCACCUCCACCCGUUAAACAUUCACAUCGAUUCCGUCUCCCUCCCUGCGCUCCCCGCUCUUCGACAGGUGGAGUUUGCGUUUGACAAUAGUAGUCGUGUCGAUGGUGGCCAUUGGCUUGCGUUGGUCCUACCCAGCCUCUUGUCCCCGCCUUCAGAGCAAAGUCCAUCUCUGAAGGAAAUCGGGAUAUUUUUCGAAUGGAGCUUCAAACCGUCUGAACUUGAUGCAAUCCUCCAACGAGAAACAUUAGUUGCCAUGGAUUCUAUGCUAUCUGAACACCCCAGUCGCCCGAGCAUCUCAUGGGCAAUUCCAGAAAACUGUGUAUCAGAGUUUGAAGUCAAGAUCGGAAGCCACAUGCCGCUGUCCAAUGGACGAGGGAGUCUUCUCAUCCGAAGUUGGAGUGAACCGGAGAGCGCGACCAAAUCAUGA